AUGCUUCCCACAUUCGACAACGAGUUCGGGCCUAUUCUGCCCGGCAAGUUCGACUUCACCUUGUUAUUCGAGCUUGUCAUGCUAGGCAUGGUUCCAGCAGGCAUCGUCAUACUUCUCAUGCCUUUUUAUCUCGGUAGGAUGCUGCUUGCCACUCAUAAAGUCCGACCUGGUCCUCUUCUCUGGUUUAAGCUUACUGCUGGCACUGCACUCAUCGCGGUACAGCUCGCAAGUAUUAUCUCGUGGCAAAAGGCGGGCUUGUAUCGGUCAGGUGUGUCUCUCGCGGCAUCCGUCAUGUCGUUCAUCGCUUCACUCUGUGUUGUCGGUCUACUCUACAUCAGUCACACCUUUUCAUUGCACCAAUCCUCAUUCUUGAGUGUCUAUCUCUCCGCGACAAUGCUCUUCGACAUGGCAAUGACGCGGUCCUAUUUUCUGCGAGGCUCACUCGAUUUUCUGGGUGCAUUGCAGGCAACCAUCGCCGUCCUAAAAUUCACCCUUGUUGUGAUAGAAGAGAUACCGAAACAUCAUCUAUUCCAUUCGAGUUCGUUUCGCCUGGGCCCGGCAGAGCGUGGUGGGUUUUGGGGCCGAGCAUUGCUCCUCUGGGUCACCCCAAUUCUUCGGUUGGGCUUUGUCAAAGACCUCUCUGUUGAUGAGCUGCCGCACAUCGGUGAUCAAUACGAUUCUGAACCUCUCUUCAACAAGUUUGUACCAAAUUGGAACGAGGUGGACAGAAGCACCAAGCUGCCGCUGGCUCGUGCUUGUUUUCGCACGCUCCGUUGGCAAUUCUUGAUUCCUAUAUUGCCUCGGCUAUGUUUCAUUGGCUGUUCAUUCAGCCGGCCAUUCUUCAUGGAGCGUGUAAUUGAUGCUGUCAGUACAAACAGUGCUUCCUCGGCAGUUACCAAUGGGCUCAUUGGUGCCUCUGUUCUCAUUUUCGGCGGUUUAAUGAGGCUCACCAUUGACCAGCUCGAAAAUUCAGCUGCCGUUACGCUCAUGACAACGGAUAUGGCGGGCGUUCAGGAAGGUCUAGGCUAUAUGCACUCGACUUGGGCAUCUUUGGUGGAACUUGGUCUCGGAAUCUAUGCGCUUUAUACUUUCGUUGGCUAUGCUUGCUUCCUCAUUUUUAUACCUUCCUCGAUUGCUGCCAUGGGCACCUAUAUGGUCACCAAGAAGAUGGCCAGCGCAAGAACCGCUUGGAACACCAAGGUCGAGACCCGUGUCGCCGCCACUUCCAAUUUUCUAGCCCAACUCAAGAGUAUCAAGGCCAUGGGGCUAACAGAUGCCAUAUCCACAUACCUGCAAGAAAAGAGACUGGACGAAAUCGAAACAUCAAUGAUUGAGCGUAAUUGCCGUAUCAUGAUUUACGGUAUCUAUGGAUUUGGCGCUGCGAUGACGCCCGUGGCGGUUCUAGCUGGUGCCAGAUUUUGGACACGUGCCUCAAGGCCGAUGACAGUAUCAGAAACCUUUGCCGCCUAUGCCGCCAUCUUCAUUGCGGCUCUGCCACUCAACAGCCUCCUUGGCCAUUUACCCUAUUAUGCAAGUGGGUAUGCUUGCUUUCUACGUGUCCAAAAGUUUCUUACGCUUCCUGAGCGACGGGACCAACGCGAAAGCCCUGAACGAGUAGAAAAUAAAGCAGAGAAAACAGAGAAGAACGAGACUGUGCACGGUCGACCCAGCAAAUAUGCGGUUACGAUGAACAACGUGUCUGUUAAUUCUGACUUCUCGGGCCCUAUACUGAAAGAUGUUACAUUACGCGUCCCCACCGGGUCUCUCGCCAUGAUGCAUGGGCUUGUCAGUAGCGGCAAAUCAGCUUUCCUCAAGACCAUCAUGGGUGAACUCAGCGUCAACACAGGCACUCUAGAAGUUGCUUCAAAGAUCAUUGCUUAUACCAGCCAAACGCCAUGGAUACGGAAUGCCACCAUCAAAGAGAACAUCAUCGGCCCUUACCCAUUUGCUGAGGAACUUUAUAAUGAGGUCGUCUAUGCGUGCGCACUCGACAAGGACAUCGCCGACCUUCCAGAUGGCGACAGCAGUAUGGCAGGUAGUAAUGGCUGUAACCUGAGCGGAGGACAAAAGCAACGCUUGGGUUUGGCGCGCUCCUUGUUUGCUCAAACCUCGAUCGUUUUACUGGACAAUGUCCUCAGUGCUCUAGACGCUGACACCGCAGAACUGGUUUUCAAGCGAGUCUGCGGUCGAAACGGACUGCUUCGUCGAUGGAAUUGUACAGCGAUCAUUACGACCAAUCAGCCUAAGCUUCUUGAGGAGGCCGACAUCGUCUUUGAGAUAAGCCACCAAGGUCGGGUCCGCCAAAAAGAGAUGAACAGCCGAAACAAUUCGGCCCGUGGCGUUGCGACCAACGUUCGAGAAGAAACUCCGGGACCCGAGAUGGACGUGCCUGCGACAUGUGAAGAAUUCGAACCGCCGUCAGUUGACUUGGGCGGACAAGUUCCAGAGACGAACAAGCCCGACCAAAAAAGGCGACAUGGGGACUUGUCACUCUAUGGUUACUACUUCCGUACUGCGCACUGCCUGUUAUUUGUCACUUGGUUUACCGUGGCUGCAAUUGCUGCUGUAAUGGAGAGGAUGCCCCAAAUCUUUAUGCGAAUCUGGUUAAGUACAGACGCAGCAAACGACUGGUAUUUUGCAGGCUUUGCAGCUCUAAGCCUCGUAGAAACCGUGGUGACGUGUGCCUCCGGUGCUCAAUUUUUGAAGCAGAUCGUGCCCAAAAGCUCAGUUGAAUUACACUCAAGACUUUUGCAAACCGUUCUGGACUCGACACUUUCGUAUCUCAGCCAUACAGAUGCCGGGUCUCUUCUCAACCGAUUUAGCCAGGACAUUUCUCUUAUAUCACAACAAAUGCCCUUGAUGUUAAUGACGACAGUCUCCAUGUUUUUCAACGUUCUAGUUGACAUGGGAAUCAUCGCAUCAGGAGCUAAACUCACGCCACCCAUCAUUGUUUUUCUCGUUGCGAUUUUAUAUGGCAUUCAAUAUUUUUAUCUGAGAACCUCACGUCAGCUACGAUAUCUGGAGUUGGAGACGACAUCGCCGCUGGUCACACACUUUGCAGAGACAAGCACUGGAAUGGCCCAUAUUCGUGGUCUUGGUUGGCAGCGGUCUUUCGAUAAAGAGCUGAUUACACGCCUCAACCACAGCCAGCGACCGUUUUACUACCUACUAUGCAUUCAACAGUGGCUGACCUUGGUGCUAGAUUUGAUGGCAUUUAUUACUGCUGUCACUCUUGUCAGUGUAACGACUGUGUUCCCAGAGUCUAGUUCAGACAGCGCCAUUGGCUUGGCUUUGUUGAACUUGAUUUCAUUUAGUACCACAGCGUCAUACUGUUUACAAAUGUGGGUACAAUUAGAAACGAGUCUGGGUGGUCUCGCUCGAAUUCAGUCUUUUUGCAAAGAAACUCCCGUGGAGCAGGACCGCGAGGAUAUGCCAGCACUUCCAGACAACUGGCCAUCGAGUGGCAAGAUUGACUUCAAUUGCGUCACUGCCAAAUAUACUGGGCUACAGGGCGAGGCCUACAAUGCUCUCAAGAAUACGACAGUCAGCAUUCAGCAUGGCCAGAGAGUCAGUAUCAGUGGGCGAACUGGGAGUGGAAAAACGUCGAUGAUGCUCGCACUCCUGAAUUUGAUUGAGUUCUCCGGCAGCAUCAAUAUCGAUGGGCUUUCAAUCAAGAUGAUUCCUCGACAUGUUCUGCGCGCAAACAUCACGACAAUGACACAGGAAGGUGUGGAAUUGAAGGGGACAAUCCGUAUGAACACUUUUCCGUUCGCUUUGAGCCCCCCCACCGACGCUGAAAUCAUCGCGACGCUCGAACGCGUUGGUCUUUGGGUUCACGUUCGUCGGCAGGGGGGUCUGGAGUCUGACAUGUCGAAAAGUCAUUUCUCCCACGGCCAGAAGCAGCUUUUAUUCCUCGCUCGGGCGAUUCUACACCAGCAAGUCAAGCAGACGAAGAUUAUCUUGGUAGAUGAGGCGACCAGCUCGCUGGAUUCCACAACGGACGAGAAUAUGCGACAACUGAUGGCUGAGGCUUUUGCGGAUUGUACCGUCAUCACCAUUGCGCACCAGAGAGAUUAUGCCGCCGAGAUGGAUCUCGCAGUCGAGUUAGACUCGGGCAAUCUUGUACGUGUGCUCCGUCGCAGUUUGCGCACCGGAGCAAUGGCGGAGCACGCGGGCGGUGGUGCUCAUAUAUUGACGCUGUACAAAUUACUUGCAGCUCAGGACAAGGCGAUGGAUGGAGCAUGGUGCACCCACCACCCAUCACCCACCACCCAAGCUUGGCAGGUCAAAGGCACUCGCAUUGGCGCAUGGUUUGGUCCGCACGUUGUGAGUCUUGGUGCAGGAGGCAUGUGCAUUUUCUUCGAAUCCUGCCUGUGA